AUGUGCCUAUGCACCGUCUGCGGCGCGGAUGGGACUAGUCGAUACCCCUCCAAUCCUCCAAGAAGCACUCUUCUGUGCCACUCCUGCCAGGAACUCAAGAACCUCGAAACCCAGAUUACCGACAUCGACCUCAAGUCCAACCACAUAGAAGACGACUACUUCACUCACCGAUUCCCUCCCGAAAUCGCCUCCCACGUCUUCGCGCUCACCAUUUCGGACCCGGAAACUUCUGAGAACGAGCAUCUCAUCCCUCUGAAUCUCGGCGCCGUAUCGAGAAGGUGGCGCGAGAUCGCAUGGUCGACGCCGAGGUUGUGGACGCGUGUCCCUGUCAACCUCGAGGCGUUCUUUCACCACCCGAAGGAGCUUCUCCUGCAAUGGAUAGGACGAACCGGCCAACUUCCCCUCUCAAUCCACAUAUUCUACGAUUACGAUGUGUUGGAAUCGGGCGCCGCCCAACACGCCGCAAGCUUCACGGAUGUAUUCGGGAUCAUCAACGAGCACGCUUUGCGCUGGGAGACGUUGAGACUCAGGAUACCAUUCUCACUGUACCCCCGUCUCCGUUCCAAGUGCGACAAAGCGCCGCUCCUUAAACACAUCAUCAUUGACCCGCCCUGGUUCAUCGAGAACUAUGCACUCGACUACAAAGGAGAGAUCCUUUGCGUCUGCACUGUCCCUCCUGGUCCUCAGACCGUCAUGGUCACACAAUUUCCAUUCGCUUCGAUCCGUAUCAAUUGGUCCAACGUCACGACGCUGCUCUUUGAUCGAAUCUCCGUCAUUGAUUGUCUGCGCCUCUUCCAGCAAGCUCUUCAGCUAUCUCAAUGCUCGCUCAACAUCGCACACAGCGACUGGCGCGACCGCCGUCUUGAUUCGAACCCUAUCACCCUUUCCCACCUGACGCGACUGAGUAUCCGCUUUUUGACCAGUAACCUAACAGUGGCAGGCGCUUUCCUCCACAACAUCACCCUUCCAGCGUUGACGCACCUCGACUACACCGAGACGAUCGAUUAUACGGCUCUCGCCGCGCUGCUCACUCGCUCGUCGUGCCCUCUCACCUAUCUCUACAUCGGGUAUCUUAAGGACCGUAUGCCGUCAACCCAAAGCCUCCUUCAGGUAUUGCGCGCCAGUCUGAGCCUCGAAGACCUUCGCAUCAAGAUGACGCAGCUGCCAAAGGACUUUUUCGAUUCUCUUUCAGUUCCUCUAGGCAACAAUGUCGCCGACCAAGCUAUAUUACUCCCCCGCCUGCGAAGUUUCUCCUAUCGUGGCAAGUUAACGUUUGAUUGGUCCUCGUUCAUCAAUUGCCUCGACUCGAGACUUUGCAUCCAAGGAGAAGAUGGCCGGCCUUUACUUCGCUCGAUUGACCUCGCGUUCUGUACCAUUCAACCGCACUCGGAGUCGCCGUUGUACUACAUCGAUGAGCGAACAGCGGCUCGCGUUUUCCGCUGGGUCGAACGCGGAAUAGACGUGCGAAUCAUGAACGGUGUGGAGGAUAUGCUGCAAUACUCGAGGAAGUUCCAUGAGGAGGGGGUUGGGCCGAUGCAAGCUCAGGCUUAA